AUGGACCCUCCGUAUUGUGCUGAGAGGACAGCGUGUGUCAUCAUGGAUCUCGUUGAUGCUGCCCAGCAGAUCGUUGCGAUGACCGGCGACUGCAUGGGGGACCUGGAGGAUCCACCGAACUGUGCCAACGAUAUCUUCGGCCUCCUGUACGACCUCGUCGACGCUUCUGCGUGCACGGCUGCUAUGGCAAGUGCCUGUGGUGGGAUCGUGACGGGCUGCGAGCAGAGCGCUUUCUAUGGCUGCGAAGAUCUGUUCUCAGUUGCGCAAGAUCUCAUCGGAGCAACAGGCAACUGCGACGUUGAUGCAUUCCUUUGCAUUAUCAAUCUCGUCGAUGCAAUCAACGACGCAAUCACCAUGUCUCUGGACGUCAAAGGUGCGGUCGACAGUUGCCCGGCGGAGCGAGAAGGUCUCUUCCACAAGUGGCUGCGUCAAGAACAUCCGGAAUGGUUUCCGUGGCGCCUGCUGAAAGGAGGCAAAAGACCAGCCUACAAAGAGUUGGAGAAAGAGAAGGGCGCAGAGGACCUUCCGCGUGGAUUCGGCAGGUUGUACAGAAGCACCAUCAACAGCCAGUACCUGACCACGUUCGAGACCAGGGACUCAAGGAUUGGCUUGCUCGACGUCACCCACUCCGGCCCCAUCAUCGCAAUGGACAGCCCGGGUGCCUUGCGAGUUGGCAGUGCCUUUGUUCUUCCGUACUCGAGCUCGAAGCUGUACCCGCAAGCAGUACGUGGCGACAGAGACGCAAGGCGCUUGAAUCCUAUGGAGGAUGGCACGGAUGGAGUAAUGGAGUUUGCCUUCGACGAACCAAGCCAGCUCGUAACACUGCACGAUGUCGCCGAUGUGGAAGUCUUCUUCCUUGGGGACGUGGUGAUGCCUGAGGAUGCUGGACCGGAGGGCAUCCAGGCCUUCGAAUAG